CAGGAUUCUGGUCCGUGCAGAGGAUCUAUAAGACGAUGGAGCUAUGACGCCUCAAGAGGAUUUUGCGUUGAAUUCACUUAUGGUGGUUGUCAAGGCAAUUCCAACAAUUUCGAAACUCGAGAGGCUUGUGAAGCCAAAUGCUCUGUUUCCCCGUCCAGAAAUGACGUUCUACCAAUUUCAUCUGGUGGUUUAAGUUCGAACGCCAUUUGCAAUUUGCCUCAGGAUACUGGUCCUUGCCGAGCACAGUUACCUCGAUGGGCUUUCGAUGCCUCCAAGGGUCAAUGCGUUCAAUUCAACUAUGGAGGCUGCCGUGGGAAUGAGAAUAACUUUGAGACUAUACAAGAGUGCGAAGCUGCUUGUGGAGGAAGUGGAACAAUGGACACCUCUCAAUGCCAUCUACCUCUGGAGACAGGGAAAUGCAGGGGCUAUUUCAAAAAAUGGGGUUUCGAUGCGAGCUCUGGUCAAUGCAUUCAAUUCAUCUACGGAGGAUGCGGUGGAAAUUCAAACAAUUUCGAAACAAAGGAAGCUUGUGAACAACAAUGUCGUGCCUCAAUACCAAUGCCGUUGGGAGAAAAUGACAAUUUAAACGCAAUUGAUUCUGUCUGUAAGUUGAUGAAAGACCCUGGUCCUUGCAGAGGGUCAAUAAGCCGAUGGGCCUUCGAUUCGGAAAGGAGAGAGUGCACUGAAUUUUUCUACGGUGGCUGCCAAGGAAACGGUAAUAACUUUGAGACAAGAGAUGCUUGUGAAGCCAAAUGUUUAGGUAACUUCAGCACCGUCUUGAGCAUUUCCAGCAGUCCAGUGGUCCCGCCAAUUUCAAACAACGACCACGUGGCCAGGAAUGGUAUUCAACAGAUUUCAGUCUGCCAGUUGCCGCAUGAGAGAGGUGAAUGCAUAGCUUACAUACCAAGAUGGGGUUACAAUGCCCAAUCAGGAAAAUGUGUGCAGUUUAUCUACGGUGGUUGUGGGGGAAAUGGAAACAAUUUCGAGACGCAAGAGGACUGUGAAAAAAAAUGCAAUGGAAAGUCACUUUUCAUUAUAAUAUUCAUGUAA